AACACCAUUAUCAACUAGAUUGUUGUCUGUAACUUUUUUGCAUUCACAACUCUCAUCUAAAGCGCUCGUUGUUGAUUUUUCGAAAAGUUGUGUCGUCGUUCUGUGUUGACAAGAACUUAAAUAUAAUUUUAAAAACACAAUUGGUAGGUAUUAAGUGUGUAAUUUCACAACUGUGUAUUCACGUCUAUGGGUCGUAGCCUUGGAAGCGGCUUCAUAAUAGCUAAAUAAUAUCUACAGAUCUGUUGUUAUGUAUUUUGUCAAACAAGUUGGUAAACUAAUGGAAAAAUGUUGCUGGUCGUAUAUCUAGGACUUUUUUACUAAGACGUCUCGCUCGCAUUGAUUCAUUUAAAUAAGAUUAAACUCCAGCUAUAAGUUUAAGAAGUGCGAAACUAGCCAAGAAUUCAAAUUAAAAUGGGUGAUUAUAACUGCGGUAUCUUGAUCAAAAUAGAGGAAGACAACAAGGAAACAAAAAAGCACUUUACUGAAGCCUUAGUGAAAGAAUCAAAACCGAGUAACAUCGAAAAAACAUAUAAGAGUUGUUUUACAACCCACAACGAUAAAAAAACAAUAAACGAGGAUUCUUAUAAACUUAAUGAAACAGGAGAUGUGCCAAGAAUUAAAAUUGAAGAAGGUGAGACGGAUGAUUAUUACUGUAAAUCCAUAAUUGAAAAAGAAGAAAACAAUGAGCAACAAAAAACGACCGAUGGCAAUUCGUACGAAUUUACUGAAGAGAAAAUUAAAGUUGAAAUUAAAGAAGAAACUGAUGAUUAUAACAGUUGUCCCAUAAACAAUAUAGAUGAAGAAAAUGAAGAUACGAAAGAGAACAUUACCGAAGCCUUAAUGAUGAAACCAAGUCUGACUUACUUUGAAAAAUCAUAUAAUAGUUGCGGAACGGUCAAAAAUUAUCGUUAUAAAACAUUCGACGGGAUUUCAUAUUAUGUCGGAGAAACGUGCAACGAAACUAUAGUCAAAGAAGAAACCGACCUAGGGGUUGGCAAUUAUUUCGAAUCUGUGAUUAAAAUUAAAAAAAAAAGUUUGUCGGAUGUACAAACAACAAAAAACGAUCUGGAGGAGAUACAGUCAUUUGUCUGUGAUAUAUGUAAAAAAUCAUUCGCGACCAAAAGGAGAGUGGCCUGGCACAUUAGUCAUUCACAUAGUGCGCACUCAAUAACCCAGCAAAGUUCUGGAAAACAAGACGUCGAAAAUAAUAUCAUUGUCAAUCAUACGACCGUUGGAGUAACUGAUGGAUACAAUGGCAACAUUGGACGACCCUAUAAAUGCGGCGUGUGCCUAAAGUCGUUUACUGCAAAAUCCUCGCUUACAGUACAUAAACGCGUUCACACUGGGGAAAAGCCUAUAAAUGUAACGUGUGCCUAAUAUCAUUUUCUAUAAAAUCCUGUCUUACAGUACACAAACUCGUGCACACUGGUGAAAAGCCUUAUAAAUGUGUUGUGUGCUCAA